CCUAUAAAUGCUGUAUAUAUACGAGACCUAUUCUUCUGUCAAAUCCUCUUCAACAGAAGUGGUGACAUGAACAUCAUCAGCAUGAUCCUGUUACCGGUGCUGCUCCUGCUCUCUGGUGUGGAGUCCACUCCCAAAUUUUCGCACCGAGACUCUUCCACUGGGGAAGCACUCACCUGUGACAGGUGUCGUCCCGGGACGCACAUGAAGGAGUACUGCACCGCCACCACGACCACCGUGUGCGCACCGUGCAAGAGCAACCACUACACCGAGCUGUGGAACUAUCUGCCGAAGUGUCUCUACUGCCACAACUUAUGCACCGAGAACCAGGCGGUGGAGACGGAGUGCACGGCGACGAACGACCGGGUGUGUCGGUGCAUAGACGGCUUCUACAUGACCGGUGACUUCUGCAUGAGACACGCAGAGUGCAGGCCCGGGCACUGUGUUAAAACAAACGGUACCUCACAGACCAACACUGUUUGUGAAAGGUGUCCAGACGACCACGUCUCUCCAUCACCUGCGCAGGAGUCGUGCGUAAAACAGCAGCAAUGCACAAACGACCAGAUUGUGCUUCUCCGCGGCUCAAUCAACCAUAAUACACUGUGUGGCUCCUGCGAGGAUCUUGCAAAUAACAGUGAGACGCUCAGAGCAUUCUUCUCGGGGUUCUUCAGUAUGCACAGGAUGCCUACAACAAAAAUGAGUAAAUUUGUUGCCAGGUACAUUCUUAAACAAGAGGAUGGGACUCUCUCAAAGCAGAGGGAUCAUCUCAUGGAUCAGAUCAGAAAGUGGCUGGCCCAAGCUCCAGAAGAGCAGCUGAAAGAACUGCCAAAGAUGCUGAAGGCCUCAGAGCUUGGCUCAAUGACAAAAAAACUAGAGAGGACUUUAAAUGAGAUUAAGCAGCAGAGCCCAAAUUGUACUUUACUCAUAGAUGUUUAGAUAACAGAGUCCAUGGAACAUACAGCAUGGCAUUACCGAUAUACCUCUUUCUCUUAUUUGGCAUGUGUGUCCAUUUGAUAUUUUGCAUUUGCAUGUUAAUUGGUAGAGCAUGCAUUGGCCUCAUAUUCUGUUUACGAUUGCCUCAAAGGUUGAACUAUAUGUCUACGAUACUGACUUCAGUGAGAUUACUCAAAUGUUGCAUUAUAGUUAGUACGUCAUGGGAACUUGUAUUGAUAUGAAAGUAAGCUAUAACUGAAAUAAAUCUUGUCAUAAAACUGUUAAAUUGUGCGAUAUCAAACUGUAAACGUUUACAUGUCACUUCUUGCAGCUAAAUAAAGUAUACCGGUAUAUUGUAA